AGCGCCUUCACCUCUGCUGUGUGGACGCGACGUACAGCUCUCACCUCAAAGGGAAGAAGAGUUUAUUCCGAGUCAUGUCUGAUGGCCAUGGCCCGGGGACACGGGUGCAGGUCACCCCGAUUCCGUGUUCCCGCGUGGAGGCGGCUUCACGGGGAUUUUAUAGUGAACAGGAAAAAGUCAUGUCAGGACCCUCCAGUACCCUGGUGGAAACGUUGAGCAGGUGAUGUUCUAACCAUGUCAGAUAAGGAUGACACAGAAACUCCUGUGGUAACUAAAGCAACCCCCGUCCUUGAGGAUGGAGACUGUGGGCCGGCUGAGAACUCUGUCAGCCAAGCCGAGCCAGAGAAUGAGUUACAACCUGUAGCGUCCACUCGGAAGAGACCGGAAACCACACCGUCCAGCAGCCUCAAGGCAUCAGAAGCUCUCCCUGUUCAGGAGACUGUUUCUAAAGAUGUACCCCAGAGCGGAUGGGGAUAUUGGGGCAGCUGGGGCAAGUCUCUGCUCUCCACAGCCUCUGCCACAGUAGCGACCGUAGGACAAGGUAUUUCAAAUGUCAUCGAGAAGGCAGAGUCUUCACUUGGUAUUCCUAGUCCCAGUGAGGUCUCAGCCGAAGCCAAGCUUGCAGCAGGAGCAACAAAUGUCAGUGAGAACGAAAACCCCUUGCCAGCUGCGUUUGGUGUGCUCUCUACCAUCUCUACUGCUGUUCAGAGCACGGGCAAAAGUGUCAUCAGUGGGGGUCUGGAUGCCUUAGAAUUCAUUGGGAAAAAGACAAUGGAUGUAAUAGCAGAAGGUGACCCUGGAUUUAAGAGAACCAAGGGCCUGAUGAUCCGGAAUUCCACGCUGUCUCAGGUUUUACGAGAGGCGAAGGAGAAAGAAGAGCAAUGGACCUCCAGUGAGGUAACCAUGGAAACAGACAAGAAAACUCAUUAUGGACUGCUCUUUGAUGAGUUUCAAGGCCUUUCACAUCUAGAAGCUCUGGAGAUGCUUUCCCGAGAAAGUGAGAUAAAGGUAAAAUCUGCCCUGAAUUCUCUUAGUGGAGAAGAAUUACAGGCUGUGAGGCUUGAGCUACAGCAGCUCAAAGAAGCAUUUUCCCUAGAGGAGUUCUGUGAGGAGGAGGAGGAAGAGGAGGAGGAGAACAGAGGGAGUGAAGAUUUUUCCGAAGAGAUAACAGAACUGUUUGCUCAGCUGCGUGUCUCUUCCAAACCAGAGAAACUCAUCAAGGCAAGAAAUGCAGCCUACCAGAGGAUCAGAGCGUCUCUGACCCAGCCAGUAGCAGAAGGAGAAGAAAAACAGCUGGAGGCCAGAAGUACCGAGGACGCCAACCAGAGUUCAGUAGAGGGUGUCCAUGCGUUCGCCAUCCGGAGCUUAGCAGAGCUGACUGCCUGCUCGGUUGAACUCUUCCACAAGACAGCGGCUUUGGUUCUGCAUGGCCAGAGGCAGGAGGUGACGGCCUUAGUGAGGAGCAGGGCUCUUUCCCAGGUCACUGUUGGCUUGUGUAAAGAGCUGUCCUCCCUGUCGAAACAGUUCACCACCUGUCUGACCACUGCUGGGGUCACAGAAAAGGCAGAUGUCCUUAAUCCCUUGAUCACUGCAGUAUUUCUGGAGGCAUCGAACAGCGCCUCCUACAUCCAAGAUGCCUUUCAGCUGCUCCUGCCCGUGCUACAGAUCUCUCUCAUUGAGAGCAAGACUGAGUCAGCCAGGAGUGGGCCUCUGUCAGAACACUGAAGAACGGAAGAUGCCACCUGUGACUGUGACCGCUGUCAUGCCUCUUUUCUUCAGGGCUCGCAGCAAGGCUGAGAGAGGCACUCAGUGUGUGAAGAGCCAGGCAGGAGCGUAGGCUUCCUGGGGAUGUGCUGCUCCGUGUGGCUGAUGUAUUCGGGUUCCCCCACCCCGCUCUUCCCAGUGUUGGAGUUAAUACACGAUUUAAAAAGGUAUAUGUAUUUGAGGAAAGCCUCAGAUAAUAGCUCUAAAUAAAGGUUAGUGGGACACUUGGGCAAAAGUACUGGACUUCUUUGAAAUGUUGUAAAACAAGCUUGUCAUGGUUAUAAUUUGUGGAUGAACUUGUUAAGCAGGAGGAAAAGAACUUAACCUGAUGUCCUGGAGUCCAUGACUCUCAUGGCUCAUUGAUGCCACUUUGGGCUUUCUUUCUUCCAGAAUGGAUUCUGUGUCUCUAGGGGAGCUGAGCAUGUACAAGCCCCAGAUGAUUCUCCUUCCUCAUGGGGGUUCUGGGACAGUUAGGCAGUGUCAUGGCUCGUCAUCUCCGUAGGUGGUGUUGGAGAGAAGCUGGCUGCCCCAUGGAUGAGCCACAGUGAAGUCAAAGUCCCUUUGGCUUCAGAUGGCCACUGCUCAGCUGGAUUCCAGAUCAGUAAGUGCACAUGCGUGCCUCCAGCUGCAGAGUCUCCAGCGGGGUCCACACGCCCUGUCUGCAGGGUCCAGAGGAGGAACAGACUCUCUUGGUGAGGGGCUCUUGUUUGAGUAUCAUCAAAGUCGUCAAGUCCUGUAAAGAUGAUAUGCACUCAUAACAGGAUUUAGCCUCUGAGAUGCAAUACACCCUCAAUCUUUGUUUUAAUGUAUUUCUAAAAAAAUACGAUGCUCAUCUGUAAAUCUUAGGGCUUUUUUGCAGUCUUUAGCAACAAGAAGCUAUUUUGGUAUUCAGACUUUUUAAGAAAGAAGUUCUUCAACUUUGUUAUUUUGUUUUUUUAAUGGUUCACGUAACUUUUGUGAAUCAUGCCCCUCAUCUUUGAAAACCAUUACAAUAAGAUAGAAUUAUAUUUACUCAAAGUGUGAUAUUUUAGAACAUCAAGAACUAAGGUAUUAUGUCUUAGCUGCCCAUUUUCCUAAAAGGCUUAGCAAUGAAGAUCUGACAUGGCAAGCGUCCAAGGUGCCCUUGUGGCCCCUGUUGCUCUAUGGAGCAUGCUGGUUUGAGUCAGUGUUCCCUGUAGCUCCAAGUAUGUGAGCACUUGGUCAGUUGGUGUUUGGGGAGAUUUAGGAGGUGUGGCCUUGCUGGAGGAAGUGUGUCACUGGGGGUGGUCUUUGAGAGCUCCAGCUUCCCCUGCUUCCUGUGCUUGGAGAUGUGCGUGCUCAGCCUUCUGCUCCUCUGCCUUUGCUGCCACACCGUCCCUCCAUGACGGCCUCCCAUCUUUCUGGUACCACAGCCAAAUAAACUCCUCCUUUAAGUUGC